GGUGGCCAUUGACAUCCAGCGUCAUGAACAAAUAUUGAGCAUUGUCCAGGGAAACCAGGAGAAAGUUCACCAGAAAAUAAAGGCGAAACUGGAUGCAUAAAAACCCGGUCAAAACAUAUAAGUGGGGGACAUGGUGUGGAGAAGGAAUGUCAGAAGCCAGCAACGGAAAGGGAGAAAGCUGGACCCAGAGUUCCUUGGACCUUAUACCGUCACAAAGGUGGAAGGGAAAAGUGUUGACCUUGUUGACAUGAAUGGGAAAUCUGUCUGCAAGGUCAACAUUGAUCACCUUAAAAGAUACCAUGAGGAGACCCCCAGAAUUCCUGGAAAUUUGAGAGGAUGUCCACCAUCAACACCUGCCACCUCAACAACUACCUCACCACCAGCUACCACAACACCUGUCAUCACACCUGCCACCUCAACAACUACCUCACCACCAGCUACCACAACACCUGUCGUCACCCCUGCCACCUCAACAACUACCUCACCACCAGCUACCACAACACCUGUCGUCACCACUGCCACCUCAACAACUACCUCACCACCAGCUACCACAACACCUGUCGUCACCACUGCCACCUCAACAACUACCUCACCACCAGCUACCACAACACCUGUCGUCACCACUGCCACCUCAACAACUACCUCACCACCAGCUACCACAACACCUGUCGUCACCACUGCCACCUCAACAACUACCUCACCACCAGCUACCACAACACCUGUCGUCACCACUGCCACCUCAACAACUACCUCACCACCAGCUACCACAACACCUGUCGUCACCACUGCCACCUCAACAACUACCUCACCACCAGCUACCACAACACCCGUCGUCACCACUGCCACCUCAACAACUACCUCACCACCAGCUACCACAACACCUGUCGUCACCACUGCCACCUCAACAACUACCUCACCACCAGCUACCACAACACCUGCCGUCACACCUGCCACCUCAACAACUACCUCACCACCAGCUACCACAACACCUGCCGUCACACCUGCCAUCUCAACAACUACCUCACCACCAGCUACCACAACAUCUGCUGCAAAAACACCUGCCUCAAGCUCUACCCAACCUCCUGGCACCUCUUGCAAUGCAGAAAAAUAUCCAGUGUGACCACUGCCAACGAUGGUACCACAGUAACUGUGCUGGCAAACCGGAUGGGGAGGAAUUGUACAGCUGUGGUGCUUGCAGAGAUCCAUAGUAGUAUAUAGUAGUACCUUGAAUGUCUCUGAUUUGUUGAUUUAUUGUAAAUAGUUCCUUGGAUGUUUGGGAUUUUAUUUGUUUUUGUUUGAGUUUUAUAACUUCCUUUAAAACAUUAAAAUGUGUUUAUAUUUGACAUUUUAGUUGGGGGAAUUUCUUGUAUAUUUGAUUCUCAUUAUUAUGCAGGUACAGUGAGGUCACAUAUUCUGAUGGCUGUACAGCCAUCAGAAUAUGUGACCUCUGUUUCUAUCUCUGUGAUGAUCCCAAAUACAAAUAUGUGUCCACAUUAAUGUGAGAGGAUGACAGAAGGAUUGAAAACAGUUAUUUUGAGGUUUAAACUCAUUAUCAUGCAGAUUCAGUGAGGUCACAUAUUCUGAUGGCUGUGCAUCUAGCUCUUUACAGUUGAACUUUGAAAUGAAAAUACAUCUGUCCAAAUAUUGAGGCAAUAACAGAGCACCUGUGUCAAUGUUUACUCAUUUAUUAAA